AUGACCCUGAAGCGCAUCCCCGAAGGGACAACUUUCGUGCCAGCCACUCCGGAUCAGGAGAAGCGUCUGUCCUUCGAUGCACCAGGGCUUACAGUGCAGGAUCGCGAGAAGGCAGAUCUUCAAACGCGAUGCGCCCUGAUGAAGCAGGCAGUCGAGGAGGCGCGGCUUCGAGCAGAGGCUGCGGAGGCCUACGAGAAAGGGGUGACAUUCGCCUCCUCUGGCUCUCUGGGAGCCUCCUCGCCACUGACAGUGUCGCAAGCGGUGGGCAAGUGGUGCAAGAAAGCAGAGCGGCCGGAGUCAUGUGUACGCUUGGCAGAGGCCCUGGCUCGGCUUGAGAGUCGUGGCGCGCUGAAAACAGUGGAGAGCGACAGCAGCUCGGAGGAGGCACUGCCCUGUCCGGACCUGCACCCGGAGAGUUAUGCAAGGUUUCACGCAAUUGACACGUCCUUCAGCGUCGAAGGUGGCCUGAAACAGCUUGGAAAUGUUGAUGAGCUCCGAAAGCAGCUCGCCGCGGAAAGAAACCAGCUGCGACUGUGGAUUAUCAAGGCCAAGCAAGACUGGGAGGAGAGGAAAGGCCAUCGCGGCGAAACCAACGAGCAAGAGUACUACAUUGCUUCCAUCGGCGAGACGCUUGGGCCCAACCGUGACUACCAGGCAGAGGCCAACAUCGGAAAAGGCGUCUUCUCCAGCGUGUUCCGCUGCAAGCAUGUGGGGACGAAGACUGACGUCGCCCUGAAGUUUGUGCGGUCUAACAAGAUGAUGCGGAAGGCGGCAGAGAAGGAGGUGGAGACUUAUCGCAAGUUGGCCAAAGUCGCGGCAAAGGAGGAUCACGAGGGUGCGCAGUACAUUAUGCUGCUCGCGCCUCCGGAGACGUUCGACCAUCAGGGGCACUUGUGCCUGGUCUUCGAUCUGCUUAAGUGCGAUCUGCGGACGGCUCUGACCAAGUACGGACAAGGGAAGGGCCUUCCGUUGCAGACGGUCGCACAAUACGCCAGGCAAUUGUUCCUGGCCCUGCGGUGCCUGCGGAAAAUAAAGCUGAUUCAUGGCGACUUGAAACCCGACAAUGUGCUCAUAACGCUGAGCAAGACGGAGAUCAAGCUGUGCGACUUUGGAUCAGCCAUGGACGUGGGCGAGGCGGUGAAGACACCGUAUCUGCAGCCCCGCUUCUAUCGAGCGCCAGAGGUUAUUCUCGGCAGUGGGUAUGACACGCAGAUCGACCUCUGGAGUUCGGGCGUCACCCUCUUCGAGUUGAGCUGCGGCAAGAUCCUUUUCACGGGGAAGUCGAACAACUCGAUGGUGCGGCAGAUGCUGGAGGUGUCUGGCGCCUUUCCGAAGCGACUGGCUACCAAAGGUGAGUUCCACGCGAAGCACUUCAAUUCCGAAGGUGAGUUCCUUCUUCAUGAUCCCACGUCCAUCACUGGCAUUCGGGACAUCCUGCCCAUGAAGCGGUACGAGAAGGUCCGCCAGCCAGUGGGCAACAUGCUGGACCAGGUGUUCAAGAACCCCCCGCCGAACUCGGACCCGAAGACCCAGGAGCGGUUGAUGCCGCGGGUGGCGGACCUCGUCGCGAAACUGCUCGUCCUGGACCCGGCGGAGCGGCUAACGCCCGAAGACGCCCUGGCCCAUCCCUUCUUUCAGAAGGACAAGUGA